GCUCGGUGGGGCGGGGACGCGCCGUCCUUUUGCGCAGGCGCAGUCGGCGGUCCACGCGCGGCGCAAUGCCGGGGCGUCACGUUUCCCGAGUCCGGGCCUUGUAUAGGCUCAUUUUGCAGCUGCACCGGGUUCUGCCCCCAGACCUCAAAGCCCUGGGCGACCAGUACGUGAAGGAUGAAUUUAGGAGACAUAAGGCCGUUGGUUCUGAGGAGGCCCAGCGUUUCUUGCAGGAAUGGGAGAUGUAUGCAACAGUGUUAUGGCAACAAGCUAACGAAAACAGACAAAAUUCAACUGAGAAAGCAUGUUUUGGCAUCUCUCUCCCAGAAGAAAAACUUAAUGACUUUCGUGAUGAACAGAUUGGACAGUUGCAGGAGCUGAUGCAAGAAGCUACUAAACCCAAUAGGCAAUUUAGUAUGCCUGAGUCUACAAAACCAAAAUUUUAGUCUAUGUAAUAAAGGUUAAUGAAGCAUGUAAAAUUCAGAACCCCCCCCCUUUUAAACUGUCAUUGGUUUUUAAAAUGAUUUGAGUUUUGAGAAUGCCUUAUGUUAAUGAAAUAUUCAUUUAUUUUUGGAUGUUAUGAAUGCAAUAUAUGGAUCAACAUUGUUGGUGACAGUUAAACUCAAUGACAUUAUCACAAUAACAGUACUUGUUUGGGUGGAAUUUGAUUUGGGGGCUAAACAUGAAAGAAUGGUUCUAAAAUGGAUAGACGUCUAGUAUUUUGUUGAAAUUUUUUUAUAUGUAAAUUUUUAAAAUGCUGUGCUUGUUCAAGCAUUAGCCUCAAGGCUUUUCUUUAGCUUCAUCAGGUUAGUAUAUCCUGAUAAUAAUAAUAGAUGUAGAAUUCCAACAAAGUAAUUGUUAAAAUACAUUGUCAUUCUGAACAUAUCAUUUCUACUUUAAUAAUACAUACAUGAUUUUUUUUUCUGAGUGCCCUCUCCCUGAGUCACUGAUUAUUUGCAAUGAAAGGUUAAAGAGAAGCUUUAAGGUUCAGUAUUAUCCUACCAUUUAUAUAAUAGAGUACACAAAGUAGAAUACGUUUCUACAGUGUUUGUUAAUAACAAAUGACCCCUUAAAUAAUUUGUGAUUACUUUGAGAAUCUUAUGUAUUGACCAAUGAUUGGGAAGAUUAAAAGCAUUUUCAUAAAAUUUUCUUAGGCUUGAUUUAUGAAUUUAAAAAAAUCAAAUGGUAAUCCCAUUCAUGUCAUAAAAAUGUGAAUUUUUGAAUAUAUUACAAGCUUAGGUGAAUUUUAUCUUCAGUUGUUGCUAUGGUCCAAAUAUUUGUGUCUCUUCAAAAUUUUUAUGUUGAAACCUAAUCCCCACUAUCAGGUGAUUAGGUCAUGAAGCUAGGGCCCUCAUGAAUGGGAUUAAUACCUUUAUAAAAAGAGGCCCGAGAGAGAUCUCUUGCCCUUUUCAUCAUGUGAGGACAUAGUGAAAAGAUGGCCAUCUGUGAAACAGAAAGUGAGUGCUCACCAGAGUUGAGCUUGGACUUCCCAGCCUCUAGAACUGUGAGAAAUAUAUAUCUCUUGUUCCUAAGACACUUAGCCUAUGGUAGUUUGUUAAACCAGCAGCCCAGAAAAAGACAGUUAUGGAUGUUUACCCUGAGAUUCUGAAGUGAUCAUUUUCUAGAUGCACUUGCACUUAUGUCAGCUCUUUAAAAACUGAUCCAUGUUUUCUCUCAUUUGCUCUCAUGUGCUCUUUGUAUAUGGCUGCUAGGGCGCCCUAGUUCGUUCUUUCAUCCCUCUUUGCAUCUGUCAGUUGAUUAAUUAUUGGUUAUAUAUCUUUCAAUGAGAAAAAGACCAAUUAAUCUCUCUAUAAUAGGCUUCAAGGAUACAACAAUACAUAAUAAGGUUCCUGCCCUCAAGAAUUUUAAAAUAUAAUGUAUUCAGGAACCCUGUUUUAUCAUGAACAAAUACAUUCUCUUUACAGUGUUAUUUUUUUCAUCUUGUCUAAUAGAAACCUAGUGCCUGUUGAGGACAUGGCUUCUCUGUAGUCUUACGAAAUGGGAGUUGUGGAUUUUCUUUUUUUUUUUUUU